GGGCACACGGGGACGGCGGGGGGACACCACGAUGACCUGCCUGCAUCCCCAUCCCUGCAGGUGGAGCAGAUCCGCAGGGACAUCCGGGACUUCAGGGCGAGCAGCGGGGUGGACAAAGUCAUCGUGCUGUGGACGGCCAACACCGAGCGCUUCUGUGAUGUGGUGCCGGGGCUCAACGACAGCGCCGACAACCUGCUGCGGGCCAUCGAGCGAGGCCUGGAGGUGUCCCCAUCCACGCUGUUCGCCGUGGCCAGCAUCCUGGAGGGCUGCGCCUACAUCAACGGGUCGCCCCAGAACACCUUCGUGCCGGGCGCCGUGGAGUUGGCAGCGCAGCGCCGCGUCUUCAUCUGUGGGGACGACUUCAAAUCGGGGCAGACGAAGCUCAAGUCGGUGCUGGUGGAUUUCCUGGUGGGCGCCGGGCUGAAGGUGUGUUGUGGCGGGGAUGGAGCCGGGUUGACCUGUCCUCUUUGGGGCGGGGAUGGAGCUGGGUUGACCUGUCCUCCUUGGGGCGGGGAUGGAGCUGGGUUGACCUGUCCUCUUUGGGGCGGGGAUGGAGCUGGGUUGACCUGUCCUCUUUGGGGCGGGGAUGGAGCCGGGUUGACCUGUCCUCCUUGGGGCGGGGAUGGAGCUGGGUUGACCUGUCCUCCUUGG